AUGCAGCACGCGAUAAACCUGCUGCGGAAGAAGAAGCCACGAGAAGCUGUGAAGUAUAUUAAGGAGCACAUCAAGCCGGGAGACUUGGAGCGCUGCCCAGACAUCCGCCGGGUGCUGGCCCUCGCAGCGAUGCUGGACUUCCCCCCUCCGGAGUACGAACACCUGCUGGGGGAGGAGAGGAAGCAGCAGCUAGUGCGGCUGUUCAUAACCACUAGUGCUGCUGUCUUGGGAAUGACUCGAGAGCCUUUGCUGCCGCCUUUAGUGUUUUCGGGCCUUUGCGCAGUCAAGUCUGGCGCCUGCCUGGAGACCGCGGCCCCCAG